CUCCCCCCCUGGGCUGGGGCGGCCCCGCGCUCCGCCCGAAGGCGGGUCCGCCAUAAACAAACGCAGUUCGGUCGCACGUGGACGGCGGAGCGGCUGCGCCUCGCCACCUUCGCGGGCUCCAGGCACCGCGUCUCCAGGCACCGAGAGCGGCCAGGGAGGGCAGGAGAGCGCGCCGGGGCCGGGCCCCAGCCGCCUGCGCCCCAUUCCCCUCCGCUCGCCUCCCGCUCCAUGGCUCCGCGGCCGCCGCCGCCCCUGCGGCCCUCCGCAGCGGAGGGGCCUCGCGGCCGCGGGUGCACACCCUCGGCUAAGGACUAAAGGGCGCCGCCGCCUUCUCGCCGGCCCCCUCGCCCUCGGGAAAGCCGAGACACGGGCCACAGGCGGAGGGAGGAAGAGAGAGCAGAAGCGAGCGGGAAGCGGUGCUCCGGUCGCCGCGGGACAGCCCAGCCCCGAGGAGGCUGCGCCCCGGGCCGCGGCGGGCGGAGCGCGGGGCGGCGCCGCGGGUUUGCGCCGAACCCAGGGCUGGCGGCUGCGGCGAGGCGCCUCGGUGCCCCGGGGCGGUCCCGCGCACCUGCCCGCGGCCGGCGCUCCGGACCCACCUGGCUCCGGAACCCCUUUGCCGGUCCCCGCCGGGGCAGCCCGAGCGGGGCUCCGCGGGCCUGCAGCGCCGCCGGGUCUAAUAUGCCCAGAGCCGAGGCGCGAUGAAGGAGAAGUCCAAGAAUGCGGCCAAGACCAGGAGGGAGAAGGAAAAUGGCGAGUUCUACGAGCUGGCCAAGCUGCUCCCGCUGCCGUCGGCCAUCACCUCGCAGCUGGACAAAGCGUCCAUCAUCCGACUCACCACGAGCUAUCUGAAGAUGCGCGCCGUCUUCCCCGAAGGUCUAGGUGACGCCUGGGGACAGCCCAGCCGCGCCGGACCCCUGGACAGCGUCGCCAAGGAGCUGGGAUCGCACUUGCUGCAGACUCUCGAUGGAUUUGUUUUUGUGGUAGCAUCUGAUGGCAAAAUCAUGUACAUAUCCGAGACGGCUUCUGUGCACCUGGGCUUGUCUCAGGUGGAACUCACGGGCAACAGCAUCUACGAGUACAUCCACCCCUCCGACCACGACGAGAUGACGGCUGUGCUCACGGCCCACCAGCCUCUCCACCACCACCUGCUCCAAGAGUACGAGCUAGAGAGGUCGUUCUUCCUCCGAAUGAAGUGUGUCUUGGCGAAAAGAAACGCGGGCCUGACGUGCAGCGGAUACAAGGUCAUCCACUGCAGCGGCUACUUGAAGAUCAGACAGUACAUGCUGGACAUGACCCUGUAUGACUCCUGCUACCAGAUCGUGGGGCUGGUGGCCGUGGGCCAGUCGCUCCCACCCAGUGCCAUCACGGAGAUCAAGCUGCACACUAACAUGUUCAUGUUCAGGGCCAGCCUCGACUUGAAGCUGAUUUUCCUGGAUUCCAGGGUGACCGAGCUGACGGGCUACGAGCCACAGGAUCUGAUCGAGAAGACGCUGUACCACCACGUGCACAGCUGCGACGCCUUCCACCUGCGCUACGCGCACCACCUCCUGCUGGUGAAAGGCCAGGUCACCACCAAGUACUACCGGCUGCUGUCCAAGCUGGGCGGCUGGGUGUGGGUGCAGAGCUACGCCACGGUCGUGCACAACAGCCGCUCGUCCCGGCCCCACUGCAUCGUGAGUGUCAAUUAUGUCCUCACGGAUAUCGAAUACAAGGAACUGCAGCUGUCCCUGGACCAGGUGUCCACGUCCAAGUCCCAGGACUGCUGGAGGGCCGCCUUGUCUACCUCACAGGAAACUAGGAAAUUAGCUAAGCCCAAAAGCACCAAGAUGAAGACGAAGCUGAGAACAAACCCUUACCCACCCCAGCAAUACAGCGCAUUCCAAAUGGACAAACUGGAGUGCGGCCAGCUCGGAACCUGGAGAGCCAGCCCCCCGGCCGGCGGCCCGGCCCCCCCAGAGCAGCAGCUGCCUUCGGAGAGCAGCGACCUUCUGUACGCGCCCUCCUGCGGCCUGCCCUUCUCCUACCACUACGGACACUUCCCCCUGGACUCGCACGUCUUCACCAGCAAAAAGCCCAUGCUGCCGGCCAAGUUCGGGCAGCCCCCGGGCUCCCCGUGCGAGGUGGCACGCUUCUUCCUGAGUGCGCUGCCAGCCAGCGGCGAGUGCCAGUGGCAUUACGCCAGCCCCCUGGUGCCCGGCAGUGCUUCUCCAGCUAAGAGCCUUUCAGAGCCCCCCCUGGCCGCUGCUCGGCACAGCCUCGUGCCAAACUACGAAGCGCCCCCCGCCGCCGCCGUCGCCGCCUCGCGCAGGUUCGGCGAGGACAACGCGCCCCCGCCGCCGCCGAGCUUCCCGAGCUGCGGCCACUACCGCGAGGAGUCUGCGCUGGGCCCGGCCAAGGCCGCCCGGGACGCGGCGCGCCUGGCGCUGGCCCGCGCGGCGCCCGAGUGCUGCGCGCCGCCGGCCCCGGAGCCCCCAGGCGCGCCGGCGCAGCUGCCCUUCGUGCUGCUCAACUACCACCGCGUGCUGGCCCGGCGCGGGCCGCUGGGGGGCGCCGCCGCCGCCACCGCGCCCGGCCUGAGCUGCGGCCCCGGCGGCCCCGACGCAGCCGGCGCGAUGCGGUCCCGGCUCCCGAGCCCCCGCGGCCGCCGCCGCCGCGUCGCCGCCCCGCCACCCGGCGCGCCGCGGCCGCACUACCUGGGCGCCUCGGUGAUCAUCACCAACGGCAGGUGACCCCUGCCCGCAGGGGGAAGCCAUGGGCCGGGCCUGCCGAGGUUCGCGUGCCACGAAGCAGAGGGGCGAGCCGAAUAUGCACGAUAUAAAUUAAUUUAUACAGAGACGACUAUUUUAAUAGAAGCCCGCAGCCGACUUUAGAUUUUUACCGUAGACGCCACGAAGGCGGGCGCCGAGGCUGGGACGAAGGGACCCCCGGCCUUGCUCGCCCCGCGGAGACGUGGGGCGGGGGCCGGGUCGGUUUCCCUCAUCUGGAAGUCGGGCUCCCGCACCUGGCCUGCUCCCGGGGCUGGGGGAGGGGCAGGAGACACCAACGCUGUCUUUAAAAAGUCACUCACGGAUCUCGCGUUAACUUUUUUUUAUUUUUUAAUACAAAACUGGAGCCAAGACAGGGGAGGGGGCGCGCGUGCAGCCCCACCGUGUGUGCGUGAACUUGGGUGUGCACUUGGGUGUGCACCCAGCUCCUACUUCUCCCUAACCCCUGUGAACUCUCCAUCACCCCAAGAGUGGCACCUUCAGCAUAUACUGAAUAGGCAUCAAAUGCAAAAAAAAGAGAAAAAAAAUUAAAACCCCGAUUCCCUGGCCAGACCUUGACGAGAACGACCCCGCCAAGCCGGAUUCCACGCGAACCGCCCACCCCCCAGCCCGCGCGCGUCCGCAAUUCGCUAGGCGGGGUUUGCUACACGUAAUGCUAAGGAAGUUGGUGACGCUGCAUGUGCAAUAAGGAAAACUGCCUACGGCCUGCACCUUGUGGGAGAAAACGUGCUUCCGGGAAGUAAGGAGACGAUGUACACAUUUGAAGCAUUUUCUGUUAUUUUAUACACAGCAAGAGGACUGCACAUGGACCUGUCAUGUGUGUAACCGGUUCACAGAAAUCCUUUUCCAAAGCACCAGCCGUGUUUGAAAAAUAAACUUCCGUUCGUUUUUA